GAUCCUGCUGACGGUGGUGGUCAUCUUCCGCAUCCUGAUCGUGGCCAUCGUGGGCGAGACGGUCUACGAGGACGAGCAGACCAUGUUCAUGUGCAACACUCUCCAGCCUGGUUGCAACCAAGCGUGUUACGACAAAGCCUUCCCCAUCUCCCACAUCCGCUACUGGGUCUUCCAGAUCAUCCUGGUCUGCACCCCCAGCCUCUGCUUCAUCACCUACUCGGUCCAUCAGUCGGCCAAGCAACGCGAGCGCCGCUACUCCUUCCUCUACCCGCUCUUGGAACGCGACGCCAAGAAGACCAAGACCCUCAACGGGGUUCUGUCCCCCAGCCCCGAUGGAGUCUGCAAGGAAGAACCCGAUUGUUUGGAAGCCAAAGAACUUCCCGGGCCACCACCACGACCUCCUCGCAGCUCUAAAACCAAACGCCAAGAAGGUAUCUCCCGUUUCUACGUCAUCCAGGUGGUUUUCCGUAACGCCCUGGAGAUCGGUUUCUUGGCCGGGCAAUAUUUCCUCUACGGCUUCAACGUCCCGGCCAUUUUCGAAAAUUUCGAGUGCGACCGUUACCCGUGUGUCAAAGAGGUGGAGUGUUACGUGUCACGUCCCACCGAGAAGACCGUCUUCUUGGUCUUCAUGUUCGCCGUCAGCGGGGUCUGCGUCCUCCUCAACCUGGCCGAACUCAACCACCUGGGCUGGCGCAAGGUCAAAGCCGCCGUCCGGGGGGUCCAAGCGCGACGGAAAUCGCUGGUGGAGGUCCGUAAAAAAGACCUGUCCCCCCCGACCCCCGCGCCAGCGCUCGGCCGGACGCAGUCCAGUGAGUCUGCUUACGUCUGA